ACACACACACACUUAUCAGAUUCUGCGAGCUAUGAAGCUUGUCUAUGCGGGUUUGUUACACUUCAGGAGUAAUUACUCACCUAUCAUACUUGGAUCUCCAAUCUUGCCUCUGAAUUACAUCUAUAUAGAAUGACUUAAAAAAUAAAAAUAUUUGGAGCUAUGUACACUUGUCAGUUGUUAAUUUAUAAUCCCUGAACAAUAUCGCAUCAUUCCCCCUCCAGAUGAUUGAAGAGAUUCUAAAGACCAGCCCUGGAGGUGAAAAGAUUAUAAACGAAUAUACCCGCACCAAAGGUCUGUCCGAUACCCGAAGACGUGACAUGGUGAAAAUUUUGGUAGCACAUUUAACAAAUGAACAUGGAACAAGCCCUUCCCGACGUUUGAAGGAAGAAUAUGCGAAAGGAAUCAUUUCCCUCUUCCCAUGCUUUGCUGACCCCAGGAGUAAGCUUGGAUAUGAGCAUUAUUACAAUGCAGAAGAUGGAAGUGGAUAUUUGGCGUGGAGAAUUAAAACUCUGCAGAAAGAAGCAUCAGAGGGACGGAUGAAGCUGCCGCGGCAACCACAAACAGGUGGGCCAACUGCUGACAGACAAUCCUACAAAGAAGACUGCUAUUUGACUGAAGACCCUCAUUGUCAGGAAGCAAUAGCCCUGAUAAAGCAUACAGCUGAUGAGGCAGUGGUAAAGGAAAAGAUGAAGUUAACGCUGGCCUAUCGCCAGAAGCUGCUGCAUGACCCUAAAAAGUCUGCUGAUAUUCUAUCAGUUUUCUCACGAUUCCUGGAUAUACCAGGCUUGAUUAAUCAAGAUUUUGGACUUUUGUUUGGUGAUGCGACCUCUGCAAAGUUGUUGGAGAAGUGGUCUACCAACAUAAAACCAAAGGUUAUUGCACAGAGCCGUGGCCUCACACAGACUAGUGAGCUCCAAGACCUCAUCCAAAAUGCUGAAGCCACUGAAGUUGAAGAAGGGUGGUACAGCAACAUGUCUUCCAUUCUGAUGCUGGUUCACCUUUUGCCACCCUCAAGUCAAGGCCGCAAGAGACCGGGAAAGAUCUCAGCCAAACAAGCAUGUGAUCGUCUUGUGAAAUUCAUCAAGACUAGUAACAGUAUCCAAGGGCACUUGGACAGUAUUGGAGAGAGACUCCAGGCGUAUCUACUCGCUGUUGGGCCGAACAAAAGUAGGAUCCAUUCUUGGUUUAUUGUGAUUGACCAACAUGCUCUACCCUGUAAGGCUUCUAAUUCAUUGGCCUGUGUUGAUGAGCUUUUCAAAGCUCACUUUGUCUUUGGGACUUCAUACUGUCAGGAAUUGACCAAUGUGUUUAGCUUUCUGCAAACCACAGUCUAUGAUAUUGAUGUUGAAACCACCAAGGUAAAUCCCAGAGUAUCCGAGUUGAGAGCUAGAAUCCUCCAGUGAGCAGAUGAUUUGUUUCAUUUGUAAAAAGGGGCAUGCUAAUGCCAAUGCCCUUAUAAGGCACUUCAAGUUAGUUCAUGGCCUUUGUCCAGGAAAAAGUCUCGAGUUAAAACGUGCUCAAAGAGGUUGUUCACAUGUUUACCAUAGUUUUUCUGGAUUACGAAAGCAUCUCAGCAAGUGUUGUGCAAUUGACCGUUCACGCAUUGAUUCUGGUGAAAUCUCAUCCACCGCCAACUCCAUUUCAUUAGAUGAUGUAGGUGUUUUAUUAAACCAAAAUCCGCCUUGUGAGUCUGCACUCUUAAAAACAAAUAUAGUAAACAGUUGUGCAACAGUGGUGGCUGAACUUAAAGUUGCUGGUGUCGCAGAGACAACUAUUAACUAUGUUGUUGGUGCUCUAGAAGAAGUGAUUGGAGAUAUUCCUAGUGAAACUCAAGAAUCAGUGAAAAACAGCCUAUCCUUAGAGGAGCCCAUAAAAAGUGUUGUCGAGUCUCAAAUUGAUCAGUGUUUUGAAAAAAUACAAAAUCCUUUUGCGGCAUUAAACACUGAAAGCAAGAGAAUGCGGUACUUUUCAGACAAAUGGGGGAAAAUAGAUCCUGUUGAAUAUGUUCUUGGAACAAGAUUUGCAACGCGGCGUAACAGAACAACUGGAACUUUUGCCCAAACCAUUGUUAAGGAUAAAUUUGUAUAUAUACCAAUUCUUGAGACUUUACAGUCCAUUUAUAGACACCCUAGCAUUACAGAUAUGAUGGCGACAGAUUCACAACAAAGACCAAAUUGUCUUUAUGACAUACACGAUGGAGAAUUCUUUAAGAGGCAUGCAUUCUUCUCAAAACAAAGACAUGCAGUUCAGAUCCAGCUUUUUUUUUGAUGAAUUUGAAUGCUCAAACCCCCUUGGAUCAAAACGAGGAAUACAUAUGUUAGGAGCUAUCUAUUUUACCCUUAGAAAUAUUUCCCCUAAAUACAAUUCGAGUUUACUAAAUAUACAUUUAGUCACUUUAUUUCAUGCACAAGAUAUCAAAACCUAUGGGUUUGAUAAAAUACUAGAGCCACUUGUCCAGGAUAUCUCAACACUGGAAACCAUUGGAAUUCAGAUUCCUUUAUUUGAUCAGACAGUUUAUGGAACCAUUGUCCAGGUUACUGGUGACAACCUUAGUGUCAUUUUAUUGCUUCAGAUAGUCAGUAUUGUGUUUUCUUCAGUUAUAUCCACUGGUAUCACCAUUUAUUUGAAACAUCUGAUUACAGAACACCACAGUUUGUUUAAGCAGUUGUUUCCUGAUAAGAACUUAUUGCCAAAGCAUCAUUUUAUGGUGCAUUACCCCAGUUGUAUGCAGAAAAUUGGACCACUGAUACAUAGUUGGUGUAUGCGUUAUGAAGCGAAACAUAAUUUUUUAAAAAGCAGCUGAAAAGCUUUAAAAACAUAACGAAAACAUUAGCAAAGAAACACCAGUGCCAAAUGGCUUACAUUUGGCAAACAUUUGAUCCUAAUGCCAUGAAAUUUGGUCACGGGAAAAUGGUCCCAUUGAAUGAAAUGGAAGUUGGUGCUGAGAUGGCUGGAAAACUUAAUGUGCCUGUGUGGACUAAGGUCCUAAAUGUGAAGUGGGUCAAGCGCUGUGGAAACACUUAUCGAUCAGGGUUGGCAGUUUGUGUUCAAGUUCAAAAUGACAUGCCUGUAUUUUAUGUAAUCCAGAAUAUUGUUAUUAAAGAUGAGCACAUCCUUUUAAUAACAACUGCACUGAAAACAAUGUGUUUAGAUGAACAUAUCCAUGCUUACAAAGUUGCACAUACCACAGAAGCACCUUAUGUUUUGGAGAUUAUUUUGCACCACAAGUUGUUUGAUAUUCUGAUGUCUUAUGGUUGUGAUUCUGAUUUGUUUAUUGUACCAUAUAGUUUCAUGUAAUUCUUUUUCAUCUCAUCCAUUGUUACUUUUUAUUUUAGUAUUUUUCUUUUUUUUUCUUUUUUUUCACAAUUACAACAUGAUGACACAUUCACAAUGACAAGUGAAUUAUGUUUAAGUGUAAUGUUGUUUG